AUGCCUAGUUUUUUGGGCCUUGUUUUAAACCAAUCCGAAGAGCUCUCGGAGCUUGAACAGCCUUCAGAGCCUGAACAGCCUUUACCUUUACCCCCUAUUAUACCCCGCCCGCCGAUUCGCCGGCCAAAGGCUCCCCAGCUUACUCGAGAUCAACGACGCGACUGCCAGUUAUUACACUCUAUUGGAUGGUCCUAUUCGCAAAUCCAUCGUCAGACUAGCUAUUCUAUCCGUCAAAUAGGGCUAGCUUGUACUAUACGAGCAACUCCUAAAAAGAAAUCCGGAAGACCUCCUAUCCUUUCUCAAGCUCAGGUCGAAGAGCUAGUCGAAUUCGUUUGCGCUUCCUCGGCGAACCGGCGGAUGUCCUUUACCAAACUUGCAGAAGUUCUAGACUUUGGAGUUAAAAAACAAGCUAUUCGAUCAGCUCUUUUACGAGAAGGAUUCCAUAGACGUUUAGCUAUGCGUAAACCUCCAAUUACAGAAAAGAACCGGCAAACGCGUCUCCAAUGGGCCCUUGAGCAUAUUAAUUGGACAAUGGCCCAGUGGUAUGAGAUCUUGUGGACGGACGAGACUUGGAUUACAGGCGGCCGGCAUACAAGAACUUGGGUUACUCGCCGGGCCGGCGAAGAAUGGGAUCCUAUUGUAUAG